AAAAUAAUCGUGCAAACCUAUGCAUCUGAGUCACUUCGCGCACUUUCGAUGCACAACGACAUGUUCGUUUAUUUCUCGCCGGAUGUUUCUGUCAAAUGUUUUGGGAAACGUCGCUUACACAAGUGCCUUUGUUCACAUACUCGAUACGUAUAAAACGACUUCGUCUAUUAGACGAUCUUAUUAGAGUUUCACUUAGCGAAGCACGAGUAACCGGGGGAGAUGAAGAUGAAGUUCUUCGUAAUUAUAUUAUUCGCCUGCUUCACGAUUGGAGCGCAUUGCCGCUCGUUCACGUUUUCGAAUGUGAGAGAUGCAGACGAGAAGAUUUCCAUAAACACACCGGAGCAAUUAAAAGAGUUAAUUACAUGGUACGAAGAAAAUUUCGCGAAGCUCGUAAAAUUUGCCAUAAAAAUAAGCAAGAAUAAGGAUAAUAAUAAACAAGAGAUACAAUUUUUAAAUCAGCUGAGCUCUCUUAUCGAACAACUUGUCCAAGAGCAAUUUAAAGAGAGAGGUAUGUAUGCUAAGCUCGACAACGAUACAGAUUCUAUUAUACAAGCAACAAAUAACAAUCCGACAGUAAAAAAUUUUGACAACGUCAAAGAUUUAAUUAAUACUAUGAAGGAAAUUGAUAUUGUUUAUCAAGAUGGAGAAAUUACUGAUGAGCACAUUCGAAUCAAACGAGCUGCUGAAGGAUACAAAAAAACCGCAACAUCAGAAGAACGGAUGACUAAUACGUUACUUGAUAUUCAACGUCAAGUGGUGCAAAUUCGAAAAUAUUUAGACAAGUUGUGCAAAAAACAUCAUUCAACGUCGACGACUAUUUUAGAAGAAAACUCCGAUGACGACAUCUUCCCCGUUGAUCAGUUGAACAACGUACCAAUUGUAUAAAACUAUACUAAAAUAUACUAAAAAAGAA